AUGGAUGGCCCUUUUCCUGUUAAAGAACUGAGAAACUUGUCAAACUUGGAACUGCUGGAUCUGAGUGGAAAUGGAUAUAAUAACAACUCCAUGCCAGUCGUUUGUGGAAUGAAGAAUCUCCAGGACCUCUACCUCCAUGGAAAUUACUUUGCCGGCGAGCUACCUCUGUGUCUUGGUAGCUUGAACAAGCUACAGGUUCUUGACCUUUCACUAAACCAAUUAAGUGGAACUCUACCAUCUAGUUUCAGUAGCCUCGAGUCCCUCGAAUAUCUGUCAUUAUCAGAUAACAACUUCACAGGCUUGUUCUCCCUCAGCUCCCUUGCCAACCUCACAAACCUCAAGGUGCUCAAACUUUCAUCAACAUCUGAUAAGGUCCAAUUAGACACAGAGAGUACCUGGCUGCCUAAAUUUCCACUAAGUAUUGCUUCUCUACCUUUCUGCGGCUUGAAGAAGAUCCCAAACUUUCUCAUGUACCAGAAGAAGUUGCAUCUACUUGAUCUAUCCAGCAACAGAAUAUCCGGAACAGGAGCUUCCUGGCUCUUGGCUAAUAAUCCAGAACUUGAAGUUGUACAGCUGCAGAAUAACUUAUUCACUGUCUUCCAGAUUCCUACAAUAGUCCAUAAGUUGCAGUUCUUGGAUUUUUCAGAAAAUAAUAUCAACGGAGUAGUGCUCCCUGAUGGUUUUGGACAUGUGCUUUCAAAUCUGGUACAUAUGAAUGGCUCUCAUAAUGGUUUACAAGGGAUGUUUCCAUCUUCUUUUGGUGAGAUGAAGAACAUAUCAUUCCUGGACUUGUCUCAUAACAAUCUCUCUGGAGAGAUACCUAGAAGUUUAUUCACUGGCUGUUAUUCAUUACAAAUUCUUCACCUUUCUCACAACAAAUUUACUGGUCAUGUUCUUCCAAGACAGACGAACCUAACAUCAUUGGUAGUGUUGUGGAUGGAUAACAAUUUAUUCACAGGGGAGAUCGGUAAAGGUUUGCUUACCCUGGUUAACUUGUCUGUACUUGACAUGUCAAACAAUUUUCUCAGAGGUGAUGUUCCAAGUUUGAUACCAAACUCAUCUGAUAAUAUGUUUAUUUUAUUGUUAUCAAACAAUCUCUUAGAAGGUACGAUACCGUCUUCUCUCUUGGCUAAUCAACAUCUCAACUUUCUUGACCUCUCUGGGAACUUAUUAUCCGGAGCCUUGCCGUCAUAUAAAAGUUCUAUGUAUGGGAUAAAGUUGUUCUUACAUAACAACAACUUCACAGGGGAGAUACCAAGAACAUUGUUGGAAAAUGCUGAGAUACUUGAUCUGAGGAAUAAUAAACUCUCUAGGAGUAUCCCACAGUUUGUCAAUACCAUGGACAUGAGAAUCUUUUUGUUGAAGGAUCUUUCAAACAACAAGCUAAGUGGAGGCAUACCUUCUUGCCUCCAUAAUUUAUCAAUUGGAUCAGGAGAGUAUGAGGAGGUGAGGAAUGGAGUCUCUGAGGCAUAUGGCUUUGUACUAAGCCUUCAUUGGGAACUUUACAGAUCAACAUUUGUGGUGGAUGAGUUCAAGUUAGACUAUGAAACAUAUAUGAGUUUUGAAAUCCAGUUUGCAGCAAAGCAAAGGUAUGAUUCAUACACUGAAGAGUCUGAGUUCAGUAGAGGAACACUUGAUUUUAUGUAUGGUUUGGAUCUUUCUAGCAAUGAGUUAAGUGGUGUUAUCCCAUCAGAGCUUGGAGAACUAUCGAAACUACGAGCCAUGAAUCUAUCUCGGAACUUCUUGUCGGGCUAUAUACCGGAUAACUUCUCAAAACUGAAGGAUAUUGAGAGUCUUGAUCUUUCUUAA